GAAACAGAUGCACUUGACGUUAUUAUGUAACACAACGAAACUGAAUGGAUAAUAACCAUGAUUAAUCUACUUCGAGUGAAUUUUUGUGUGUGGAAAGUUUACGGUAAAAUCAGGUCGAAUACGUGUAUGUCAUUUUCAUUAGUGUGACUUAUGAACGUUAAUUAAUAUGACUUGAAAUACCGUAGAAAUGAAACAAUGGCGAAUAUCAGAAACAGCCGAGAAGAAGGGAGAGGAGGAGAAUUAGACGAGGAAGAAGACAUUCUUGACAUGGUUGAGGAACGAUGGACAGAUGGAGACGCAGAAGAAGAAGAAGCGGAGAUGUCAGUAUCAGUGAAGACGAAAUGGACGAUCAGUGCCUUCCUCCUUCUCAUUGUCUUGGGUUACCUGUUUGCCGGAGCGUUGGUUUUCCGCGCCCUCGAGCGUCCCGCCGCCGUGCAGAGCUCCCAGAACUUCCACGAUGCCCUCAGACGACUAUCAACCGAGAACGAAUGCCUGGAGGAGGAGGAUAUUGCCGAGAUGAUGAGGAUCUUGACGACGGCCAUCGAAGAAGGAGGCUACUCGAGUGGUCACCCUUACGCCUCUCAGCUGUCCACGGGAACUGUCAAUGAAUCAUUUUACGCCAAUCUUUGGGGUGUUGGUUAUGCUUUUAUCUUUGCUUCCACAGUAGUGACGACAAUGGGAUUUGGGUACACUGCUCCACGCACAGUUCCCGGUGAGGUCUUCUGCAUCUUCUACGCUGUAGCAGGCAUCUUCAUGACAGGCGGGAUCGUCCUCUCCGUUGGCCAAAUCCUCAGGGAACUCUGCUUCACAAGGAUGACUACCUGGCUGCGGAAGUGCCUGAAGUGUUGUCCAAAAGCAGGAGUGGUCCUCGCUCACAUGUCCUUGGUGUUCCCACUUGCCAUCCUGAUGCUCCUCCCGUCCACCUUGAUCUAUUUCUUCACCCAGCCAGGAUGGAGCUUCAUCGACAGUUUUUACUAUGUAUUUCAAAUCACCACCACCAUAGGAUUUGGGGACCUGGAAUCACGCUUCGUAGGAAUCCAUGUCAUUCCGCUUUAUGUUAUAAGGUUUUUUCUGUUCACCUACCUGUUUUUCUGUCUCGGAGUUGUCACUUUGUUCCUGGACGGUUUUAGAGACAAUCAGAAACAAGCUUUCACGUCCAUGUCGUCUCGUCUUUCGCGACACUCGAACAACAAGUCGAGAAAAUCCAAGGUGACAUCCGAAAGCUGACGCCAGCCGAACUCCGAAUAUUAGCGCCAAAACCGAAGAAUGAAUCACCCAACAACUCUUGGUCGAAUUUCUGUGAUUUUCAAUUAUUGUAAAAAUAGCAGAAAAAAGUAAUAAAAAAUAUUGGUGAACGUUAGAGGAAAAUCCAUUAAAGACUGAUUAACCCUUGAAGGACUGGGCUAUUUCAGAUGGAGGGGGGUGGGGGACAUGAUGUCCCCCUUCUGAUCUGGGUCGCUGAAAUUUGGCACGCACAUUCUUUACCAUAAAAAAGCUAGUAUAAAAAAAAAAUUCUGAAAAUAAUUAUUUUUCAAUUAUUGUGGAUAGAAUAUGCAAAUUUAUUCAUGAAAAACAUUAUUUGCAUAUCUUUCUUUUGCAGAUGUCAUCUUUAUAAUCUGAUUUUCCUUAUGUAUUUCUUUGUUUUUAGAAUUUCUUAUGUAUUUCCAUGUUUUUUAUUUUUGUUUUUUCAUUGUUUUUUUAAAUGGAAAUUAUUACAGACCAUUUAAAAACUGAAUUAAACUCUAAAUUUAUUAAGCAAACCAAUUAGAAUGAGAAAUAAUCACCCUUUAAGGAAUUUCAUUUCCCAUUGACUUUGUACACAAAGUAUAAAAUUUUUUGGCAUGACAUUGCCUCGUAAAAAGUCACGUGACGUCGCGAUGGUAUACCCGUAUGUCGCAAAUUUGGUCUCAAUAGUUGCGCGAGACCUCAAAACAACAAUUCAUAAAAUUUUGUGGCGCUAUCUUUUUGGCCCGAAUUCACAAAGGUGGUUUUUGCAGAAACCAUGGUUUCAACCGUGGGUUUUGCUGAUUUUGCGAUUCACAAAGGUGGUUUCAAAUGAAACCACCUUUGUGAAUUCGGGCCUUUGCGUUUCGGAAAUAUCGCGCGAAGCGUUGAGGGAGGGGGGGGGGGCAUCAUGGCCCCCAGUCCUUUUAGGGUUAAGGGAGUUAUUAGAAUUCCAAGUUUUUGAUUUGUGACCUCAUAAACGAACAGCUGCCCCAUAUUUUAUGUAAUUAAAUGUGCAUAAAUUUCA